AUGGAGAUCUGGUAGGUAUAAAAAACCCGUCCGUAUUCAGGCAAACGUAGCUAUUAAAUGCUUCCUCAAUUGACUCGUCGAGCUUUUUCUUCUACCAAAUCCAUAACCUCUAUCUUGCCACCAACAGCUACCUCUGGAGGCGUACGAGCAUUUUGAAGCAUGUCGUCUGGGAAGCGAAUUGUCUUCACUGGCGGCUCAGGCAAGGCUGGUCGCCAUGUCAUUCCUUAUUUGCUCUCGAAAGGACACAAGGUCUUGAAUCUCGACCUCGUCGACUUUCCUGAUCCAAGUGCCGGAGUCUUCACCCUCAAGACCGAUCUGACAAAGAGCGGGCAGGUCUUCAAUGCCCUCACCACCCAUUUCAACUUCGAGGGUUACGAGGAGAAGAAUGUCCCUAGCCCGCCAGAUGCAGUCAUCCACUUUGCUGCUUACGCUAGAAACAUGCUGGUUCCUGACAACGAGUGCUAUGCAGCGAACGUGACAUCAACUUACAACGUCAUCGAAGCUGCCUGCAAGCUGGGCGUACGGAAGAUCAUCAUCGCCAGCAGCGAGACUACCUACGAAGUCUGCUUUGGCCAGGGAGGCAUCGACUACCAGUGCUUCCCUCUCACCGAGGACAUGGACUUGAACCCCAUGGACUCAUACGCCAUCUCGAAGCUCUGCGGCGAGCGCGUAGCACGCGGUCUGGCACGCAGAUUCGAUGCAGACAUCUAUGCUUUAAGGAUUGGAAACGUCAUCGAGCCGCACGAGUACGAGCGCGACUUUCCCAAGUACAUCAACCAGCCUCAAGUCCGUAAGAGGAAUGCGUGGAGCUAUAUCGACGCCAGAGAUCUGGGUCAGAUAUGCCAUUUGGGUGUCGAGAAAGACGGCCUUGGCUUCCAGGUGUUCAACGCAACGAACGACACUAUCACGGCGACAUUCCCGACUAGACAAUUCCUCGAGCAGUGGUGUCCGAACACGCCAAUUACGAGAGAGCUGGAGGAGUGGGAGGCGCCGCUGACCAACAAGAAGACCCGUGAGGUGUUGGGCUUCCAGGAGGAGCACGACUGGAGGAAGUACUACAACCCUGGGUCUUGAAGGCGGGAAGAUUGACAUGUUAGCAUUGUGAGCAUG